AUGGUCUUAAGUAUACCAAGAGUUUUGUUGAAGCCCUCUAUCGCAGAAAGCGAAUUUGAUGGAAUUCUACUUGAUGAUGAGACAAGAUCUAAACGUCAAACACAAUUCUUCGAUCUAUUACAUGAGGCCAUAGAAAAAUAUGCAAAUUGUGCCAAUGAACACCUGGCCCCCCUCAGAGCCUUGGCCAAUUAUAAACAAUAUGAAACGUUUGUUUAUCCUGAGGAAUAUUCCCAACCAGCUCAAACAAUUGUGGGUGAUUCUGUCAAACAGCAAAACAAACCAAAUUUAAAGUGUACAAAAGUGAAUUUGUGUUCUAUAGAAAAGCAACAUUCACACACAGCUCCCAGGUAUAAUACAAAUUCUCCACCAGUAUUGAGGAAAUCUCGGGACCCCAAGUCUCCGAAUUCCCAAGAAAGUCGUAGAAAUUUUCCCUAUAAUUCAAAUAAUUAUGUUAGAUUACCCAUAUAUGGCAGUAACCAAGUUGGCUUAAAAAAUAUGCCACCUAUUUAUAAUCCACGAUAUUCUUAUGUGCCCGGUAAAAAGAAUUUCACAUCUUUAGCCUUAAAUCGCUCAUUUUUUGACAAAUUAUUAUAUAGACCAAUUCCAGCAAACAGGAAGCAAAUUGUUAUAACACCUACACAAAACACAAGAACUGAAGCUAAUUUAGGCAGUGAAAAUACAACACCUGUCAAUGGAAUUAAGAGCUGUACUUGUUCGAAAGUUACCACAGAAAAACCACCAACCACCUUAGGAGUCCAAAAAUCAGCGAGUUUGAAGUCAGAUAACAAAAAUAAAACUGGAAAUAAAGAGGAAAUUAAACAAAUAUCUACUACAACAGAAUCAGGACUUAUUUUAGGCAGCAAACUAAACAUUUCAACAUCAACUGGAAAACCUAAAAGCUGUUCUUGUUUAAAAAAUACCACCCCAAAACCUCAAAAUGAGGCCAAUUUCAAUAUAAAAAAUACUUCAACAGAAUCUGAACCUCUCUUAGGAAGUACACGCGACAAUAUCACUUCUACAUCCUAUAGCAAAAUACAAACCCAUACUUCUCCUAAAGUUAUCACAGAUAAAGCAGUAGCCUUAGCAGCAAACGAGCCACAGUCGAAUCAGAAUUUAAAUUUAUUAUUCUUGCAAUUGGACAUUAUGGCACACAAUGAGAGUAAAGAGGAUCUUAAGGAAAUUUUGAAAAAGUUGAGUGCUUUGAAAUCAGCCUUAAAAAUUACAGAACAUAUAACUGAGAAAACGGAAUUAAGAACUGAAACUUUUUCCACUAGCACCGCUACUCCUAUAAGUACGAUCAGUACCACUACAUUAAAAACAACAACGACGACUUCACCUACAAGUGCGAUAAGUUCCACAACUUUAACUACAACAACUACAACUGAAGGGAAAGAAUCAAACCAGGUUGCGGCCGAAAAAAUAGCUAUUGUCUCAACAACUUCUAAAGAACAAAAAAUGCCUCUGGUUGCUGCUAAAGAACCAGAAAUUGUGGCAACAAUUUCCACAAUUGCAACUAAAAACGAGAAUACAAAUAUUACAAAGGCUUUUAAUGAUACAGAAAAUAUGAAACUCCACAAAUCCAAUCAAUUAAAUAAUACAAAUAUGGAGCAAUCCCAAACUAUUUUAAAAACAGAUAAUUCGAAUACCCUACCCACCAGAAAUAUAUUAAAUACUACCACCAUUAUACACACCUCGAGCCACUCAGGAAAUAACACUUCCCAACUGCUAACAGCACUAAAAGAUUUAUCUUUAAAACUAAAUCUAAAUAAAUCUGAAGACAUUACGAAGGUAAGCAGUUCUCAACCAUUACAAUUGAACAUUACCACAUCCAAAGAUUUAUCACGCAUAACAAAUGAAAUUAAUUCAUUAGUAUCCUCAAUGGCUAAUAAAUCAAAACAGGGAAAUUCUGAACAACAUCAUUCAAAAUCUGAUUUAUCACGCAUAAAAAAUGAAAUGAAUUCAUUAGCAGCCUCGAUGGCUAAUAAAACCAAUCAGGGAAAUUCUCAACAAGAUCACACAAAAUCAGAGAAUGGCAAAGCAAUGGAUAUAAUGAUUAUAAGGAAAACUAUUUCAACAAAAAACAAUAAAACUUUAAGCAGCAGUCAUGGUAAUAUUACGCUACCCGACAUUCAUUUCCAGGGCUUGACCUCGAAAGAUCAAUUAAAAAAUCUUAAUCAGCUUGUAGCGAAUUUGAAUGAUAGUUUAGUUUCAAAUCCUUUACACCACAAUAAUAAUGAUUCUUCGAUAAAUUCCACAAUUACCAUAUCAAUCUCUAGUAAUGGCAGUUUUAAGAAAAUCCAAGUUGAGCAGCAGUCGCCUAGUGAUAAAAAUUUGGAAAUUAACGAAAAGGAGAAUAUGAAUCUGGAACCUUAUGCUGAACCAAUUUUAUCCGAAAUAUAUCCACUGAAAAGGAAAUUAAAAACAAAGCCGCCUCUAAGUAUUUAUUGGCAUAGAAUUGAAGAAAAACCUUUAAAGUUAAAGGAAAUUCCUAGUAAGAAUUGGAAAGCUGAUCAAUCAGAUGAUUAUGAUGAUGAAGAUGACGAAACUGACAGUGGGAAUGAGGAGAAUUUGUCAACAUUAUUAAAGGAAUGUUCUGAUUACGAAGAUUUAACUGAAUCCGAAGAAACUCAGAGUGAAGAGGACAACCAUAAACCACGAUUUCGAGACAUAUGCAAGCAUAUUACGUAUCUUACAUGA